UUAAAGAUCGACACAAGCAGCAUAAAGAGAAUAUUACUAUUUAUAAAAUGUUUAAAUGCGCAGUCAAGUAUCAGGAAAAUUAUUGUAUUGCACAAGAUAAAUGUGGUUCAAACAACGCGGAUUUAAAAUGACCCCAAGUAAAUUAACCCCCCAAACACUGGCGAUGUUUACUUCCUGGUCUACAGCGAGGGACUCACGACACAGACCCUGACAAUUUAUGUUACGGAGUUUCCAAAACAUCCAGAUACAAUGGGCAAGGAAACUGAGCUUUUGAAAGCUGUCAGUUCGAAAGAUAUUCAAAAAGUUAAGAAACUACUUACAAGUGCAUCGAUGAAGAAAAGAGAACAGGAAGAGAUAUGGCAGACACUGGACACUGGAAACAAGAUCCGCAAGCUGCUGACACACAUUAAUGUCAAUGCAUCAGAAACAGAAACUGGCUACACAGCCUUGCUUCUUGCAGUACUAAAUGGAUCCAGAGACAUUACAGAAAUGCUACUUUUCUACUCGGCAGAUGUUCUUGCAAACGAUUUUAAAGGUAAUACAGCUCUUCAUCUGGCAGUGUUCCAUGGACGUGCAGAUUUGGUUGAAUUGCUUCUGGCCAAUAAUGCAGAUGUUAAUAGCAAAAAUAAUGACAGCAUUACUCCAUUACAUAUUGCUUGCCAGCACAACAUUAAAACGCAGAUCAUUUUCAAACUUGUACAGGCAGGUGCAGAUAUCUGGGUUGAGGACAAGGACAAACAUACACCGCUGGACAUAGCUGCCAUGUACAAUAGGAAGGAGGCGGUGUCUUUGCUGAUGGGAAAUUUCCCAUCACUGGCUACCAACCAGUGUGCUAUUGUGGAAGCAGCCAUGCGUGACUACGUGGACAUUGUUGAGGUGCUUCUAGAAUAUGGCACAGACCCCAACAAGGUGGAUAAACUGCAUGGCACAACAGCUUUACACGAGGCUGUUCGAUAUUGCAGGUUAAAGUCAGCUGAAAUUUUGCUAGCAUUUGGCUCUGACAGUGAGAGAGAAAAUGUGAAAAAAGAGAAGCCAAGCAUAAUAGCUCAGGAGCUACCAACAGCAAUGAAAGAACAAUUUUGCACCUUAUUUAAAGAAUAUGAAGGCAGGCAACCCAGAAUUCCAAAGUUCCUUUUGCAGAAGCAGGGUAACUUAUCAGAAUCCUUCAAGGCAAAGUGUUUAAAAGAUUACCCACCUUUACCCAACCAAGCAGCCUGGACACAAAACACCCGAGAGUUCUGCAAUAGUUGCACAGAAAACAAUCCUAAUCAUCACAUACUGGAUGACAACCCCGCAACAUUCUGGGUUAUUCCUAUCAUGCAUGAUGCAUGGACUGUGCUGGAUUUAGGUUCUUUGCACACUAUCACUGGCAUCACAAUCACUGGAUGGAACAGUCCACAGAUGGUGAAGAAUUUUGAGGUACAGUCUGGAGGCUCCCUUCAAGGUCCUUGGUCUACAUUCAGUGCCCAUACCUGUGAACGUUUGGGAAGUACUAACCCUAGAGAUCCUGGUGUGGAGCAAACAUUCAAAGGGUUUACAGUCGAGCUUCGUUACAUGCGCCUGUAUGUUGUGGAUAACCAUGGGGGCAACUGCAUAUGUUUUCAAGGCAUCAAACUACAUGGAGCUGAUUGUCGGAUAUCUAGCUUUCUGACAACCUGUCAGAAGCAUCAUCUUGUGGAAACAUUUAUUGCCAAAGGAAUCAACACCUAUGAGAAACUGCUGGAUAUGACAGAGAGUGACAUCUGUCAGUUUAUGGACGACCCUGUGGAGAUCUCUAUGCUGUACCAACUGCUACAAGAAGAAAAGAGAAAAUUACAUCCAGUGUCCAUUCUGACAUGGCUUGCUGUUCCAACAAACAUUACCUACUGUGGAGAGGAACUUCCAGAUUUUAGCGUCCAGUCCAACCCAGAUGUCACAGAUGUGGUGGAAGUUGAGGUUGAAGGUGCUCAAGUUGAAGGAUUGCAUCAUGUCAGCCUGCAGCCAGGUGGAAAAGACGAAGCAUCAACAGCCAUUUUCCAUGGUAUUCGACUGAAACCAGCUGGAAAAUACACCAUCAAAGUGAAAAAUGUUGCUUCAGGUAUUGAACUUCAGGCUCCAGAACAGAUAGUUGUUUUUCCCCUAGAAUGGGAACCAGUGAGAUCAGCGCCGCCUUUGAUGAGAUUGAAUAUCUGCUGAGCAGUAUCACAAACUCUUUGUAAGCAGAGUUUGAGUGGACAUCAUUCUUUGUCUUGUAUCUCUAUCAACACAUGGACUGUUUUAUUGAAUAUAACCUUAUUUUAUGGGGAUUUUUUAACUGGGAAAAUUUGUCAGCGCUUAUUAAGGAUUGGCAUUAAGUAAAUAUCCUGCAUCUUUGACUGCUAUAGUUUGCAUGCUUCUUCAUUUACAUAUUUUGUUAUAAACAUAUAUAUUUGUCAAACAAUGUAGCAUUUAUUUACUGUGAUAUUUAUGAACAGCGCCAUAGUUAAUAGACCUGACUUCUUUUGUGAAAGAGAAUGUGUGCCUUUUUUGUACCAUCAAUCCACAGACAUGCUUAAAAUGCUGGCAGUCUUUCAAGACAAACACUUAGUCUUGCAAAAAGGAUAAACUUGUAAGGUCUUGGAAAGCCCUUUGAAAAUCAGUAUCCUAAGAAACUCUUAGGCAAGGACAAAUUGUGGCAAAAUUCUAAAUGUCUACCAUAGGUUUUCUAAUACGUACUUCUUUGUUGGGAAAAGGUUGCCAACUCUUGCCUGUAUAGAGCAACUGACCUUAAAAUUGAGUUUUUUUGCACCUCUGUCAUUUGAGCUUUUUAUGUGAAACUGUAAGCUCAUUUGUCAAAGCCUUGUUUUAGGGCUAACAUGGGAAAUCUGCAUAACAGUUUACUCUGUGUAUGGUCCUUGAUUAAUCCUUGGAUUUGCCCUCUCAGUACAAGUGAUGAGGAUCCUCUGUGUAUGUAAAAGAUUCAAGUAUGUUUCACUGGUGAUAAGAAAUCCUAAAAGUAUGUCUCCUCUUGUUCCUGAAACUCAGGUUUAUGAAGUAGAACAGAAUGUCUUAUGCUUGCUUAAUCUGCCAGUAAUUAAUCUUUUGGAUGAUGCCUUUUUGCAUUAUACCAUGACUUAAUCCUCUGUGUGUGUGUGAGAGAGAGAGAAGCAAACGAAUGAACACUCACUUCUGUUGAUUUGGCUAUCAGCCCAUAUCAAGAGGGUAAAAUCACAGGAGUUUGUUACAUUGAUAAUGCAUUAAAUAAAACCAUAUUGAAUAAGUGGGUUAUACAUAUUCAAAAUUAUACAAAAUAAAGACUAGUGUGUCACAUCCUUAUUCCUCCGUUCUAAAGCAACAUGUUAUCCCGGAUUAUUAUUAGCUAUAACUACAGAAAAUCUAAAGUGAGUUGGAAAUUUAUUGAACUUGAGUGCAUGGAAUAUACUUUUCUCUCAAAUACCUAAGAAGCAAAGUUCAGUCUCAUUGCAGUGACAAAAAGGACAUUGCUUAGAGAACCGUUGUAUAAAGUAUCUAAAUUUGUGACACUUAAGACUCAUUACACUUAGUCUAAAUCUGACUAAGGUGUUUCUGAAACCUAUAUGUCCGAGGUCAGAGAUAUGAACUAAGUGAAAUAGCUGUUUUAAAAGAAGAAUAUACAGAGAAACGUAAGCUACGGGUGUUAAUCGUGCCAGUUCUGUUGAUGUAUACGCCAGUUUAAACUCCCUUAAAAACAGUUUCAUAUUCUCAACACCUUGAUUUUCCCAAACAAUACCAAAACCAAAUGUAAUUGUAGUGUUAUCAUGAUAUGAUUCAACAAAGUUGUUUUAAAGUAACUUAUUUAACAUUACUAGUGCUUUCCUGUUGACAGUUCGAAGGGAGACAAGCUAUUCAAAGCCAGUAUCUGAUGCAUCUUGUUUAUGUACAUAUAUAAAGCAGGCAUCUUCCACACUCAUGUGUGUGUGUGGGAGAGAGAGAGAAGUGUGGACAUGUAUGCAUAUCAAUAAGUGACAUUGGAUGAGACAGUCCAUGUUUGCCCCUUGCCACAAUAUAACUUUUCUGUUUUCUGUUCAUAUACUGUGAUUUCAUGGAACAUAUUUGUUGACUUUGCAGUUUUAUCUGAGAUUAUGCUUUUUUUUUUAAAGUUUACUGUGUAAAGUGUUUUAUUUUUUCACUUUUUUGACUUAAAUGUUAAAAUUCCAGUAAAUUUAUAAUGUGUUCACAACAUUAGUACAUCCGUCCAUUGCUUCUUACUUAUCAUCAUCUUCCUUGUGCUAUUUUGGGGGAAACAAAUUGCAGUCAAAGCAAUUAUGUCCAAACCCAAAGGUGCAUUGACCCCAGUUGACCUAGCUGUGAAGUGGCUUCCUGCCUCCUUACAGGGUUGGAAAGCAUAAGGCAACAAAGAAGAGGGCAUGGGCACUGCCAUUAUAAAAGCCAGACCCUUAACAAGCAAGGGUUCUAACAGUGACAAUGACCGCAAAGUCAUGGAGCUACCUUAAACUUUUAUAUCUUAAAAAUCAUUAUUAAAAAAUGUUUAUUCCUUG